UCUCACUUCGUCCCAGCUUCCCCUUCCCCCUCCCCGUGUCCUCAAGUCCAUUCUCUGUGUCUUUAUUCCUGUCCUGCCCCUAGGUUCUUCAGAACCAUUUUUGUUUGUUUGUUUAGAUUCCAUAUAUAUGUGUUAGCAUAUGGUAUUUGUUUUUCUCUUUCUGACUUGUUUCACUCCAUAUGACAGACUCUAGGUCCAUCCACCUCACUACAAAUAACUCAAUUUCAUUUCUUUUUAUGGCUGAGUAAUAUUCCAUUGUCUAUACUUAUCUUGUUGCAGAUGGUAGCAAAAAUGUGGUAAUAGGCAUUGGUCCACGGACCACACUUUGAGUAGCACUGACCUAGACUAGGCCAGUAGUAUUCUCUGGUUCCCAGUAAUUAAUGCAUGGGUGUUCUUAUGACCUGAGCUGGUCCCAGUCACUUGGAUGUUGGGACUUUGGUUGAGAAACUGGGACAACAAUUCUGUUUUUCCUGGCUGGAUGCCAUCUUGGGACUAUAAGAGAAGUGGCUUGAGAAUGAGUCAACACCAAGAAAGCAGAACCAAGAGGUAGCAAGUCAGAAGCUGAAUUUGCUCCUGUGUUGUAGAGCAAUAGAAGCCAAUAAAUUAAAAUUUUUGCUCAAGCUAGAAUUCAUUAGGUUUUCUAUCAUCUGCACGAGAAAGAGUCCUAUGUGAUAUAAUUUGCAUAUUUCCCCCUAACUCUCAGUUACCUUGCCAGUCAUCUUUCCAAAACAGAGAUCUGGGAAUGCCAUUCUUCUGGUUAUGAAAACCUUAGCUUCCCACUGCCUUGGUCCAGAGUUCAGGCUUCUUAAACUGUCAUUCAAAGCAUUCACAGUUGAGUCCCCUUCUUCUUCAGCCUAAUUUUUUUUGCUACUCUCAUCCUCAGACACAUGCCCAAUGCUUUAGUGUGACCAGACAUGCACUUUUAUAUAUGUUAUAGGUUUGCUCAUGUUCACUUUGGCUGGAUUGCACUUUCUCUUCCCACACCCUCUUCUGAUUUUCUAAGAAUAGAAACUUGAGAACAUAAGGUGUUCGUUACUUUUAAAUGUUAAGCAUUAUGCAUCACCAUCAUUCCUGCUGACUCAAGGGCUAAUUUUGAGAGUGUUGGCAGGAGGGCAAAUUGAUGCACCCAGACAUUUGACAAAAACUGCAUUUAGACUCCAAAGCCUUCAUUUCAUAGGGAGUCUGAUAUGGUUAUAUUACCAAAAUCUCAGAAAACAACAAACCUAGACAAAGUGUGACUUUAAGUUAUUGCAAAAAUGAAUAAGCAAGAAAUGAAAACAUAUGUCCGCACCAAAAUGUGUACACAAAUGUUCAUAGCAGCUUUAUUCAUAACAGCCGAAAGUGGAAACAAACCAAAUGUUCAUCAGCUGAUCAGUGUAUAAACAAAAUGUGGUAUAUCCAUAAGAUGAAAUAUUACUUGCCAUGAAAAUAAGUGAAGUACUGAUACAUGUUACAACAUGGACUAACCUUGAAAACAUUAUGCUAAGUGAAAGAAGCCAGAUAUGAAAGGCCACAUAUUGUAUAAUUCCAUUUAUAUGAAUGUCUGGAGUUGACAAAUCUAUAGAGAAAGUAGAUUAGUGGUAACCUAGGGCUGGGGAGAGUGAUGAGAUUGAAGGGUGAAGGCUAGGGGGAACAGAGUUUCUUUUUUAGAGUGAUGAAAAUGUUCUCAAAUUGAUUGUAGUGAUGGAUGCACAACAUUGUGAAUAUACUAAAAGUCAUUGAACUGUACACUUUUAAUGGGUGAAUUAUAUGGUAUGUGAAUUAUGCCUCAACAACGUGUUUUUUUUAAAAAAAGAGUUUAUAGGAGCUUUAUUCGUAGGUGCCAAAACUGGGAAGCAACAAGAUGUCUAAGGUGAAUGGGUAAAUCAACUGUGGUACAUCCAGACAACUGAAUAGUAUUCAUUCAACACUGAAAAAAAUGAGCUAUUAAGCCAUGAAAAUACAUGCAGGAACCUUAAAUGCAUAUUACUAAGUGAAAUAAGCCAAUCUGAAAAGGCUACAUACACACUGUAUGAUUUCAACUCUAUGACAUUCUGGAAAAGGCAAAACACUGGAGACAGUAAAAAGAUUGGUGGUUGCCAGGGGUUAGGGUGGAGGAUGCAGUGAAGAGGCAGAGCACAGAGGAUUUUCAGGGCCGUGAAACUACUCUGUGUGAUACUACAAUGGGGGAUACAUGUCACUAUACACUUGUCUAAACUCAUGUAGACUAUGGGCUCUGGGUGAUAAUGAUAUGUCAAUGUAGGUACGAUUGUAACACAUGUCCCACUCUGGUGCUGGAUUUUUUUUUUUUAAAUUUCCUCCCUCCCUCCCUCCCUCCUUUCCUUUCCUUCCCUUCCCUUCCCGCUGUGUUGGGUCUUCUUUUGCUGCAGGCAGGCUUUCUCUAGUUGCAGUGAGCAGGGGCUACUCUUCAUUGCGGUGCACGGGCUUCUCAUUGCAGUGGCUUCUCUUGUUGUGGAGCAUGGGCUCUAGGUACGCGGGCUUCAGUAGUUGUGGCUUGCAGGCUCAGUAGUUGUGGCUCACAGGCUCUAGAGCACUGCCUCAGUAGUUGUGGUGCACAGGCUUAGCUGCUCCAUGGCAUAUAGGGUCUUCCCGGACGAGGGAUCGAACCCAUGUCCCCUGCAUUGGCAGGCGUAACCACUGCGCCACCAGGGAAGUCCUGGUGCUGGAUGUUGAUAGUGGAAGAGGUUGUGUGUGUGUGUGGAGGGGUGUUGGGGGGGUCAGAUGGCAUAUGGGAACUCUGUAUUUUCUGCUCAGUUUUGCUGUGAACCUUAAACUGCUCUAAAAAUUAAAGUCUAAAGAAAGAAGAAAAGGAGGAUGAGGAGGAAGGGGGUGAGGAACAGGAAGAGGGCCAUGGCAAGGACGGAGAGGAGGAGGAGGAGGUGAGCUCACAAGGCCCAUCUCAGUUGGCACCACCUCUGAAAUUUUCCCUGCCUCUCUCUUGUCUCCCUCCUGGCAGAAGAAUUAAUUGCUCCUUUACCGUAUUUUCAUUGUGUUCUUAUUCCUACUUCUUUUAUAGUUCGUAUCACUUUAUUAUAGUUGUUUGCAGGCCUUACUUACUGAACUAUGACCUGCCUGAGGGCAGAGGCAAUGCCUUAUUUUCUUGAUAUUUCUACUGGAAAUACUACAUGGUAGAGUUCAAUGAAAGUGUGGUGUGUGUAUGAAUGAAGAACAUCUUAAAGCGGCAGUGUUAAGUGCAGUUUUAAAGGAUUCUGCUCUAGAAUCUGUUGUUCUUCAGGCUUUUUGGUAACCUAAAAAAAGCUCCCUCUACGUGGCUCAUCCCUGGGACUGUGGCCAGGAUGUGAGUGAGGGCACUGAGGACAUGUGACAAUCCUAGACGAACGACUUAUCCCUACUGAGUCUCCUCCAACAGGCAGCAUACUAUUCUAGUACAGCUUUUGGAAAAUACUCUUCCUUGGGGAUAAUCUAACCAUGUGCAGCCUGAAAUCUGGGACCAGACUUCUGUGUGGUGACGAAGGUCAACUGGGAAGAUGUCAUUGGGUGGAGAGGAGAAGAUCUCACUCUACUAAAAGCCACCACUGCCACCUCAGGAUGGCUGCCUGAAAUGCUCUGGGUUGCUGGGAGAAGACAGCUGUUUACGAACCAGGAAGUAGGUCUCACCAGACACAGAAUCUGCUGUUGCCUUCAUUUCGGACUUCCCAGCCUCCAGAACUAUGAGAAAUAAGUGUUUGUUGUUUAAGCACCCAGUCUAUGGUGUUUUGUUACGGCAGCCCAAACUGACUAGGGCAGGGAUUUGUGCACAUGUUAGAAAAUUGACGUAGAGUGCAGCAACUGUCUGUAUUUUAGGUAGAGUAAGAAGAAGUAGGGUCAAAACAAAAGAUGGAAGAUUGGAAUAAAAUGAGAAAACACUUUAUUCUUAGAUUUGAAAAUACCAGAUUGGUUUGUCAAAGGGUGUGUGUGUGUGUAGCAUGUCCUAAAAGUCUUUAUGCAGUUUAAGCUUCACUAACUUCAGAAAAAUAAGUGCUACAGACUUCUCCUCAAGAUCUCAUGAAAGUUUAAUUAUUUACAUUUAUUUUAUAGUAACUUAAGUUUUGUGAAUGUUGAAUAAUGAAUUAUUCAUUUUAAUUAUUUGAGUCAGCCCCUCUGACUGAAGAUGGUAACGGCUGACUGCAACAAAAAGCAAAAUUUCCUAUUCAACAUUCACAAAACUGGAUAAAAGAACUUCUAAGUUCUUUAUAACUGGGUUUGUGUAGCGAAAAGAUUCUAUAGGAAAGAUGGAUUUAAGGACAUAUAUGAUCCUGAGUAUAAAUGUGUGGGUACAAGCAAAAAUUCCAGACAGUAUUUCAGACAUUUAAGGCAGUGGAAUUGGUGAGACCCAAGUCAAGUUUCUAUCAAACAGUAAAGGGGACCCAGGUAGUAUCUGGGUUACAGAUGGGACAAGCAGAAAACUUCAUUACUGUAAAUAUAUGAAACCAUGAAAGGAUGGAGUUGGAAAAUAGAAUGGCAGGGUAGGGCAGAGGGACCUGGAAGGCCCAGCAGCAGCGGAAGGGUCUGCUGACUGGUGGGUGGGGGGAGGGGCUGUGGACACACCCUCUCCAUGUUGUCCCCUCCCCCACACUCAAACGCUUUGUGACUCUUCAUUGCUCUGUGAUGCAGGCCUGGGACUGCACCCACACUCUCAGUGCUCAGUAACUUCAGUCAGACUUGUGAUUCAGAUAAUGGAAUUCAGAAAAUGGAAUGCUCUCUCAUUUUUGAACCGCGCUACUGACUCACGUCUGAGCUUUGGCUCAACAUCCUUGGAUAUUGACCAAAACCUCAUCAUCCCGUGCGGGUUGGGGUUGCUUCUUCUGUUCCUGUGGUACCUGGUGAGCUUGCCAUUUUCACCUACCUUCAGUAAAACCAAAGACAUCCGAAAGCAUCAGGGCAGAGCCAAGAGGAGAAGGAAAGGUGGAACACCGAAAGGUUGGAGAUGUCACCAGACAGAAACAGAGGAGAAAACGAAGCUGAUUUCUAUUCUGAAAAGCCCCCUGGGCCGGCACGAUGACACCAUCCGCUUUCGUCAACUCUUAUGUCCAGACCCCUUCUGCGAAGUGUGUAAUAAGGCAACUGCUGAGGUCAAUCGGAUGCUAUACCCAGAGGCCCUGGAAGAUUCUACUUCCUCUGUGUCCCCGUUGGCUUCCACAGCUCCUGUGACUGAGUCAUCGUUUACUCUGUCCCCUGCCUUCUCAACAGUCCCUCCAAGAGACCUAACAGCAGCCUCUCUGCUUGAGCCUUCCCCACUACCCGCCUCCGUUCUCUCCCCUAACCCAGUGACUCCCUUAGUUGAUUUUUUUUCACCCUCACCACUGGGUCACUCUCUGGCACCAGAGCCUUUUCCUUCCUUGGAUUCCAAAUUCCCUGUGGACCAUUCCCCACCCCAACCCCUUGCCUUUCCCCCUCUCCUACCACAUGACACUCAGACAGCAGAUCCUGUUCUCCCACGAGAGGCCACUUUGUCUCCGGAUACCAUUUUCUCUCUUGACCCCACCCUUUCCCAAGAUAUCAAUCCCUUAUCAGAUUUGUCCCAGGCAGUGAAUCACCCCGAUUCUUCUGCCUGUCAUCAUGCACCACCAACUCUGUCUGUUUCACCACAGCCAGACUGCACUUCAACUGUCACUCAGUCUAAAUCAAUUGCCAUCUUAUUGAAGCCUGUUCCUGAGAACUCACUUCCAGAAAGCCCUGGUGUGUUGUCCACUUAUGUCCCAGCACUCAGAGGCACUGAUCAUUCCAGCUUGUCAUUUUCAGACUUCUCCUGGUGGCAAGCUCAUGCCAAAGGCUUGUUCCCUUCCACGUUGGCACAAUGUGAUUUCAAUCAAGAGUUUCUUGCCCUCCAUUCUCCAGAGGCCUCUUUUGGGGGAGACCCUGCAGCCAACCUUGUAGAGCCUGGUAACCUCUCAUUUCUCAGCCCUGAUGUCCUGGCACUCCUGGAGAGACAAGUCCAAAAGAGGAGCGAUUUCCUGAUGUGGAAGGAAAAGGAAAAUAAAAAAGAUUCUUUUCCAGAACAACUUAGGCCAGACUACCAACAAAAUUCUUCAUGGAAAAUGUUAGAGUCAAUUGCUGAUAAGCAUGACUCAGCAGUCUGCCUUCCCUUCUGGAGCAGCAAAGACAAACCAAAGGAGCUGCAUGUGCAUCAGCAGCCCCCAUAUCCUAAGACCCUGGAGGACCAUUUACAGCAAAAACCUAUCCAGUUCUUCUGGGGUCUCCCAUCUCUGCACAGCGAGUCCUUGCCCUCUGCUGUUCAUGUCUUGGCUGACAGUUCCUCAAUCUUUAUUUUCAAUAGAAACUCGAAUGCCUCCACAGGCCAAGAAUCACCAGUGCUUCCCGAUCCCCUACCUCUGUCCUUGCCUGAGAUUCAGCCUGAACCCUUGCCUCAAACCCUGCCUCAAUCUCAGCCCCUACCUCUCACUCAGGUCCAGUCCCAGGCCGACCCUCAAUCCCCACUCCCUGUCAUACCAUCUGAUCCUCUACCCCAGAUUAGGAUCUGUGGAGUACAUUUCCACAGACCUCAGGAUGAGUCAGAGUCUCUCUCCUCAUCUGAAAUUCAACGGCUGGAAUGGAACAUCUUGCAGAAACAACAGGAAAAUUUGUGGGGUUUACCCUCUGUGGUCCAAAGAUCUCAGGAAGACUUUUGUCCAUCAGCUCCUAAGACUCCUCGCCACCGGGCCCCCCAGGCCCAUGUUUCAAUCUCCAUCCUUCCUGGGGAGUUUCCUCUCAGUGAUGAACUUCGGAAGAAACUAGAGCAUCACCUUCGAAAGAGGCUCAUCCAACACCGGUGGGGCCUGCCCCGCAGAAUCUACGAGUCUGUGUCACUGAUGUUGCCUCCAAAUAGUUUUUCAGAGGCAUCUGAGUCGGAGAGCAAUAAUGAAGUCUCACUGAUCUCUGUGUUUAAGAGUCAGAGUAGCAAAAAUGUAAAUGUUGGAUUGAGCCAAACUGGAAGCUUCCAUGAGAGGAGCUCAGAAAUGUUCCAGCUAGAGGAAGAUGUGGGGAAGGAUCUGGGACACAGCCUAGAGAAUGGCCCAAAAGAUCACCUGUUGAAUGACCCAAAGAGCUCUUCAGGUAAGGAUCUGGGGUAUGACUCUGAGAAAGACCUAAACAGUCAGAUGGUGAGUCUCUCAGAGAAAAAUUCAAGGGUGUCAGCAGAGAGUCUAGGUCAGAGACAACUUGAAAAUGUCCUAAAAGUACAUUUGAGCAAGAAGUUUGAGGAAAUAAAUGAGGGUCGGCUCCCUGGGACUGUGCAUAGUUCAUGGCAUGCUAUGAAGCAAACAUUGCUUCCUUCUGUGAAAUCCCACACCCAAACAAAACAGAGAAGUUUGCCAUCAUCAGUGGGUGAGGCCUACUCCCUGAAUACCUUCCAGGACCUGACUUUUGUUGAUUCCAGUGCACAACAGAUGCUGGAAGCCCAUAUUAAAAGGUUUCGUAUGAGGAUGUUGUGGGCCCUUCCCGCCAAGGUCCUUGAAUCCAUACAGAUCUUUAAAUUGAAAGAUGCCUCAUCCCAGUCCUUGUCUCAUGCCAACUUGCCCUCCUCAACCAAUGUGAUUUCGGAGGCAGACUCCAAAUCUGGGAGCUUCAAGUCCUUUAGAGGAAGCUCUAAAUCUCUCCAUGGAGACAAAGUGGGAGCAACAAAUUCAGCCCCUGUCCUGGAUCGUUCUCUCCCUGCCAUCUCACCUGUGGGCAAAGGAGGACAGAGGGUCCUGAGACAAUCACGCUCUGGUGUCAACAGUGGGCUGGCAGAGGAUGUUCAGAGAAUUAAGGAUGCCACACAGACUCAACUAGCCAACAGAUAUCCCCAAAAGUUGCUUGCAAAGCAAGCUGGGGCCAGAUAUGAGCCGAAGCAUAAGAGUGUGAGUUCCAGUGAUAAAGGAGAAAUGCAACAGGGCAAAAAGGUGGAGAAGUCAGAACCUGUUUCCAUGCCCAAAUUGUCUAGGGAGGUAUUCACAGCUGAGGAGCUUGAUACUCUUCAAUUAAAAACUAGUGACAUGUUGACAACUAGCAAGCCACGGAGCUCCAAAAUGAUAAAUGUGAAUGAGAAUAAAGUAGAAACUACCGUGACCACUGAAAGCCCCCCACCCAAAUUACCAGUUCCCCAAGAUCCUAAAUCAUUAGACCUUAAAAAACAACUUUUCAGUGAGUUAAACUUAAAACUGAAGAACAGGGAGCAUAGCCAGGCUCAAGGCCAAACCACUGACACAUCCCUCACUUCAGAUAACUUGACUUGCGAGGCCUCACUGACUCAUGCCCAGGCUGUCUCAGGUGGGGACGUGGGAGUUUCCCAGGUGCUGCGUGUCCAUUUGGAGGACAGAAGAAUCAGGACGGAGCAGCAGCAGGAACCUAAGCAUGCCUUAAGGAGGUGCCAGGAUAAGAAUUUCCCACCAACUGCAAAGAGAGUGAGCCCUCUGGGGCCCAAGGCAGAAGAGCUUGGUGGAGGGGAUACAGGGCUGGGGACAUCCACACUUAGGAGGAAGAGUUUCCCUACUCAGGACAUGGUACUAGAGGAGACACUUGCGAGCAAGUCUUCCCAGACCGUAUCACAGAAGGGACAGCCUCUUCCUGAAGGCCAUAUCAGAAAAGGAAUGAAGCACUUCUUGCAAUGGCUUUAUUCUGGGAUAAAAUACAAAAGGCAAGAAGAUGCCCAGGAAAAGGGCAGGCCCAUAUCAACUGUGCAGAACAGAGGCCUAGUUAAAAGUAGAGCUGCCUUUACUGGGACAACUGAAACUCAGAAAAUUGUGACAGACAUCGGGAAGUUCCUAGAGGAGAAACUGGGGUGUCAGCAUGCAAUUGAUGUCACCUGCUCUCCAGAGCCCCUUCCUUUCCCAGUGCAGUCUAGGAAAACUCAGCGAAAGGUGGAAGUGCAGGUCCGGAAAGAGCCUGUCCAGGGGCAUCCUUUCAACUACAGGGCUCCCUCCUGUAAAGUGACAAACACCAAGUCCUGCCAUCAAGAAGCUAUCUUUGCUGGCCAGGGUUAUCCUCCAAGUACAAGACAGGUCAGAGAUAAGAGACAUCCCCAGAAAGUUGUGGCAUUCAAGGACCAGCGACUGUGUCACAGAAAUCCCCCAGCAGUGUCCCACAGGGAGCCUGUGGCCCAUCCAAGCCCCACCCGCAGGUGUCAAGCUGGCCAAGCACCCCUGGCUGCGCUCAGCACUGCUGAAGGCACUGUGUUCAGAUAUCUGUCUCUACUGUUUAGACAGAAAAGACUUCUCCAGAAUUUCCAGGGGGGAAGACUUCCCAUCCAGAAAUAACUCCUUCCUUGUGGAGAUUAUUG